AAUUGCCACCUGGCCGGCGGUGUUGCCACAUCGCUGGAUUUCGUGCUGUGAUUGUCUGGGUUGAAAGAAGAAGCACAGCGGAUCAGCUGUUACUCACAGGCGGCUCAAAUUGAGUUAUGUGCUAACGCGUUUGUGGAAGAUUUGGGCGCGCAAUUCAAAAAUCAUUCCAAGCAGCAUACGUUGGCCUCAUAACUCAACCCAAAAUCCAUUGUAACAGAAAUAAUUUGCUGUGAAAAAUGAACUCAAUAGUGAUUUUUAUUCCACUCCUUUUCUUCGGAAUCACACUCGGAGCACCUUUUCCCAAUGAUUUAUGUGGGAAAAUGGCAGUGCCAAAUAAUUCUGUUACUAUCAAAACCGAAGAAUUUUUGUUGGAGAACGAAAAUAUUCCCUUUGGUCUUCACAAUAUUCCGCACUUCAUAAAACAUCUCGUUGCAAAUGUGGACAGGGAGAUCCCGGGAAAGAGAAACCCGAACAUUUACAGCAAGAAUUCUCAGAACUCCAAGAACAGUUCAGAAAUGGAUUAUGUCCAGACAAUGAGGUUUCUUAUCGAGACCAUUGCCAGAUGGAUUGGACUCCUUUCAUAGGCGUAUGUUCUUUUUUGAUACAUUUUCCAGCUGUGAAGAAUUCCAACGCGCUCAUAAAUAAGAAAAUGAAAGGAGAAGACGAUGAGGUUUUGAUGAUUUCAAAUGAGAGGAACUUGAUGAGAUUUUUUGGUCAAGAGCAUUUAUUUCGAAUUCAGUUUUCAACGAGGCCAAAGGAGAAAAGAAAUGAAGUACUAAAACUGAUAAAUGAUAGAAGAAUUCAAAAGAAAUAAGCCACAGAAAGCU